UUUUGUAACGCUAUUCAAAAUGUGCUAAUGUUAAUGAUAACGAAGUCGGGUAGCCGUAACGUUAAUUGGGUUAAAACAGGAAUGCGUAGUUGGUAGCGCUGAUGUGGCUAGAGAAUUUUGUGUAGAACUUCUUGCCUUGUCCUUCUGAGAUUGUAACUGUUUAUUUUUUUCUGGCGACAACAAGUCAGGCUGUUUGUUUCCUACUAAUACAUUCAGUCUUGUAAUUCCAUUUUAUGAUUAUUGAGGAGAUUGUAAGUCGCUUUCGGACAAAAGCGUCUGGCCCGGCUGCUGUCCUACUCAGGCUGGUACAUGUGAUGAAAUCAAAAAGGAACAAAGCACAAACACGUCAAGGAUUUUACAAUUCUGCCUGAUGAGGAAUGUUACACUGUGGCUGAAAUGACAGCACCAUCCUAAAACAGACAAUGAAAAUGCACAUGCAAAUAAGGAUAUGACUGGCAUGAAAUGGACCAGUGGCUUUAAUAGUCAGAGAUGACUGUUUGAUAUCAUCGCUAUUGCCGCAGACACAAAGGCAGGCGCUGUUGAAAUAUCCCCAUUCUUUUCAAGAUUUUUUGUGAACACUCAGUUGUUUUUCCUUCCGGGAUUGACCUGGAGAUUUGACCUGCUUUGAGGAAAAGACUUCUGAGAGCAAUAUGUUUGGCUCCUAAUAUGAUAUGCAUUCGUGCUCACUUAAACACGAAAACCUUUGAUGCUAAAGAUCUGUGGUUGAGAUCUGCUACAAAAGAGACUUGGAUUCAGUAGAGAAUGUGACAUUAGGUUUGUCAUGCAAGUGCCUGCUGAUGAAGUCUGGUUGUAAGCAUCAUGUAAUAUUAACUGAAUGAUGAUGGCCUUGUAAAACUAUGAUGACUAUAGAUAGAUUUUUAUACCUGAAAGUGCAUAAAGUCUAUUUAUAGUUAGUUACUUACGUUCUAGUUCUAGUACACAAGUCAACUUUAGAAGCUACCUCCCAAAAUAGGACUAAGUGUAAGAACUAAGUGAACAGAAAAGAAAACACUACUGAAAGAUUAAAAUUUGGAGGAAAAGUAGCUUUAAGUAUCUGACAUAACCUAUUGGGAAAAACAUGACAUCUCGGAUUACACAGAUAGAUCCUGAAGUGAAAAAAAGUGGUUCAACUAUCAAUGAAACUGAUCAAGUAAAUGCAAGGGAUUCCAAGGACUGGCAGGAAAAGGGCCGACCUGAAGAAUGUGUACUGAAAGUAACACGCAAAGUUGGCAGACCCGCUAAGAACAAGUCCCUUCCUCUUGAUCCAUUCAAAUCUGAGAAACGCUCAAGAAAUCAUGGAGUAAAAACUGACAACACUGACUUGAGAAGGUAUAGUCGAGCAUGUAAAGACAAGAAGGACAGCAAUUCUCCGAAUGAACUGCGCAGGACGAAACAAAACUCAACAAAGCCUCAGUCAAAGAAGGCACAUCACAAAUUGUCCUGCAAUCAACCUGUUCACACUCAGCAGGCCAUGAGAAGGAAAAGGCAAGCUUUAAGCAUUAAUGUGAAGGAAGGGAGUUCACAGGUUUCCACAAACGUGCCUGAUUCACCUUCUCUGGAUGUUAAGCCUCUGAAAACAGAACCUGAUGUGUCAUUAGGAAGAGGUAAGCUAAGUAAACUAAGAAUACACAAUAAUCAAGGACGUAAAGCAGUCGGGCCAAUUAACCAGUCAAAAUUUCAGGGCAAGUUGAUUAAUAAGCCAGCUAGAAUGGAAAAAAUCAGAGCUCAACAAAAAUUGAAUUCACGCCUUAAAACUAGGGCAAGGGGGUCACUACGAACUGAAGUGAAUAGGAGUGCUACCUCACCAGACAAUGCAAAGACCUGUAAACUUGGAAAGCCUACACAGACCAGCAUUGCUCUGGAUGUGAAGUCUGAAAAAUAUGACCGCAAUUCCAUAGCCUGCACUUCUAAGACCAUCAAGGAGGAUGUUUCAUCUAACACCCAAUGUGAGAUUAAAUAUAAGAAGCCUCGAAAGAUAGACAAGCGGAGUAAAAGAUUUCGAAGAAUGAAGGCAGAGGCAAUGCUUAACUUGGAGAAAACCUCUGGUGCUGUUGGAAACGCAGAGGAUGAGAAAAGCGGUUCCAUAAGCCCCAUGUUGGACACUCAAAAUAUUGACGUGUCGCUGUGCAUUGUUAAAGAGGAAAGCCAACCGAUGUCAAUACAAAAUACAACAAAUGCAUUUACAAAAUUAGCUUCCCAGCCCACUGGCUCCAAACGCAAAUAUCGGAAAAAACGCACGUGGUGGAAAGAUAAAAGGAGAGGACAAGUAAGACCUACAGGGAGACAAGACAUGAAAAAACUCCCCAGUGUGGAGACAGUCCAUAAUAUUGAGUCUGUUUCAUUACACGGCCAACCUCAUGUAGAUAGUGAUGAAACACAACUGGCUACAAGUUUUGAAUAUGAACUCCAAGGCAGUGGUGGGCCCCAGGAAGCAUUUUGCCCUAAACAAGGGAUAGACAGUGAAAAUGUUGAAAGGGACGGUCCACAGUUGGGAAACAAAAAUGACAGAGGCAAUGAAGAAAAUUCAAAUGUAGUGAAAUUAGACACAAUGGGACAGAGUGAUGAUGAGAUGGAAUUGGAUGGGUCAGAAGUAGAGGUUUCUAAAGCGUUUAGUCUGCCCAAUCCAGAUGUUUCUCUUGUGACUCCAGUAGUGGUAGACUUCGAUGUGCUAAAUAAAACAACCAAACAAAAUAAUGUGAAAUCUUACGAAUACCCUACCCGUAACAGCUCAGCAAUGAGAAGGUCCGACACUGUUCCACACAUUCAGUCUGGCGACCAAGCCACCAGAGGCGGUCGUCGGCGCCGGGGAGGAGGCCCUAUGAAAUGUGAGUUUUGUGGCCGCGUUUUUAUCCACAUGUCUGCCUAUGUCAUCCACGUGCGGAUUCAUACUGGCGAGAAACCACAUGGUUGCAACAUAUGCGGCAAGGCGUUCGCUCAGAGGUCCAACCUCAAUGCUCACAUGAGGAUCCACCAAGGGGUGAGGAGGAUGCAAUGCUGCGGAGUCCAGUUCUCCAGUCAGACAGCAUUCCGCGAGCACAGCAAAACCCAUGAGGUGAGCAAAAUCCACGAGGUGAGCAAAGCCCACAAGGUCGGGGUGAGCAGAGCAGAUGAGCACUUCAGCGGUUCUGAGGACUCGCCAGGCGGCCGGGGGACGGGGAAACCUUGCCCCUGUCCCAUUUGUGGCAAAAACUUCCGCUAUCACUCCAUGCUGAAGACUCACAUGCGUGUCCACAGCGGUGAGAAACCUUUCUCUUGCAAGGUUUGCGGCAAGUCAUUUUCUCAAGCCACCACAGUCCGUGUCCACGAGAGGAUACACUGGUCAGUCAAGCCUUAUGUCUGCCCCAAGUGUGGCCGAGGGUUUUCCCAACUAGGAACUCUCAAGGUCCAUGCCUGCAAAGCCAAAAUUGAUGCUCCUGUCACCACAACUGUAGCUUAUCGUUGCCAUCUGUGCCACAAAUACUUUAAUGAUAAACAUAUGUAUGAGCUUCAUGUGCAGUCCCACACCGACACUCAGCGGCACAGCUGCAAAUCUUGUGGCGAGAGAUUCAGCCUUCAGUCUGAGCUUCUCACCCAUGGUUUCUAUUGUUCUCAAAUGAAGACUACAGACCUUGGACCCCCAUCUCCUUACUCUCCCCCAUCCAGCCCAUCUCCGUCAAGCUACUCUCCCCCACCAAGCCCCUCUCCCCCACAAAGUCCCUUGCAUCAGCUUUCAGAGCGUCCUCUGAAAUUACGGUCGCUCACAAACGUGCAAGCAGAUUCUGUCAAACUGAAAGGAAAAAUGCAAGGAAACACGAUGCAAGAACAAGACACUAACCACAAAAAACGACUGCCUUUGCUGACAUGUCCCAUUAAGCUAAUGACCAACGUGGUUGACAAUGAGUACUUGAAUGCGGAAAAGACUUCGGUCAUCACUCCCAUCAUAUCCCAAUUGAAUAAUCUGGACCAGAAGUCAGACCCAAGGAAGUAUUUCUGCCCUCGCUGCAGUCGACUCUUCAGCCACGUGAUGAGACUGCGAGCCCACAUGCUCACUCAUUCUCAGAGUGAGGGAUACACCUGUGGAUGUGGCAAGACCCUGCAAACCUGGAGACAGUUCUGGCAGCACCAGCGUGUACACAGGCAGAAAAAGGGCCGCUUUUUUUGUCCCAAAUGUUCUCGGGGCUUUCGGUUUGCAAGUUCAUACCGAGACCACCUGCGAGAACAUCCCGAGCUGAAUGCAUUUGCAUGCCCCCUCUGCCCGCUUGCGUUCUCCAAUUCUGAUGGCCUGAGAGCUCACCAGGUUAAUUGGCACAAAAAGACAUUACCUUACAUUUGCGACGUUUGUGGGAGGAGGUUUAGUUGCCAGAGGAUGCUGGACCGGCACACCGUUUCACACCAGACAGUUAACCAGACGAGUUUGAAAGAAAAAGAGGCGGAGGAGGAGCCAGAUGUGAUGCCUUAUCAGUGUGCAGAAUGCGACCUUACCUUCAAGACAGUUGAUCAGCUUUUCCAGCACCAAUUGUCCCACUCACUUUCGGAGGACACUCUGUCUGGGAGCACAGGAGAGGCUGGAGGCCAAAAUCAAAGGAACAGAGAUCAGCACAACGCCACAACCAGUCCUUGCCUAACCACUGACAGGAAGUCACAAACAUGUCCCACUACCACAACUUCUGCAAACCCACCACAAGUCUCACCUCCCCUGCAUCCUUUGCCUUGGCAAAACGACCAGUCGCCAAACGCAAGGACUAGUCAGGAAACAAGUUCAUCAGUCCAAAAACCUCAUCAGCCCUCCUCCUCUCCCCAUUCCAGCUCCAGUCCCCUGCCCACUGAUGAGCAGCUGGCUAAGCAGACAUUGUGUAGUUAUGGGAAAGCCCCCAGGAGUGCGCAACAUAUUUUGGACAGCAUCCCUGCCCGAGAGCAGGUGUGUGUGAUGGAUAAAGGCAGUGAUUCCAGCUGUGCAGAGUGUGGCGCUGUUUUCACUGGAGUCUCAGAGCUGUUUGAGCACUACUUGCUACACGCAAGAGGAGAAGUGUAGCGUUUCAGUAGCAUUCUUUAUAUUAUGUACAUCAUUGGGUCCAUAUUAAUUUCACGUGUGUCUGUGUGUGUGCAAAUAUGGAAGAGUUUCGAAAGUCUUCAAGUAGGGAUUCAUGACAUUUUAUGUUUACAGAUAUCAUGGGAAUUGUAGUUAGGUCUGCUGUUUAUACAAUGGAAAUCCUUUUAGUGGUACAACCUACUGCUAUAUUUUGGCAGCAGGGCCAGACUGCAUUUAUGAUACAUGUCCCUAUGAUGUUGAUCUGAUUUUGCAUCAGAAGUUACUAAAUAAAGUGACCUUUUUCGCUUUGAGUAUAAUUGCCUCAG